AAAUAUAAACACAAGUUUAUAAUUUGAUGAUGGGUCCUCUCACUCCCUAUAUAUACACCCCAAUCCAUUCUUACUGCUUCCUCAGAUUAGAAUUUUCAGGUGUUUCUUUCUGAUAGACUCAACACAAGUUUCUGUCACCCCCAAUAAACCUUGGAAAACAAAGCAAGAGAGGGAGCUAAGUUUAAUAGUAGAGAACUAAAAAAAAAAAGAGAGAAGGAAAUCCCCAAAUACAAAAAAGAGAGAAAUUCAUAUUACCCAAUAUUCAAGCCAUGUUUACCAUCCACCACCCAUGGGUUUUUGCCUUUGGCCUACUAGGCAACGUCAUCUCUUUCAUGGUGUUUCUUGCACCACUGCCAACUUUUAUACGGGUGUACAAGAAAAAAUCAACAGAAGGAUUCCAAUCAGUACCCUAUGUCGUAGCAAUCUUCAGUGCCAUGUUAUGGAUCUACUAUGCAUUGUUGAAGGGCAAUUCUGUCCUUCUAAUCACCAUCAAUGUUGCUGGAGUUAUUAUUGAGACCAUUUACGUUGCCAUAUACAUUACCUAUGCACCAAGGCAAGCAAGGAUAUCGACACUGAAGCUACUUUUGUUCAUGAAUUUUUGCGGGUUUUGUACAAUUGUCCUCUUCUGCCAUUACUUAGUUAAAGCGGAAAAUCGACUUCAAGUUUUCGGAUGGAUAUGCGUCGCGUUCUCUAUUAGUGUAUUUGCUGCACCUUUGAGUGUAAUGAGGACAGUAAUAAGCACAAAGAGCGUGGAAUACAUGCCAAUUAACUUGUCCAUAAGUCUCACAUUAACCGCUACUAUAUGGUUUUUGUAUGGAUUUGUCCAGAAAGAUCUUUACAUCACACUUCCAAAUGUUGUGGGGUUCAUGUUUGGUGUGGCACAAAUGGGAUUAUAUUCAAUAUACAGGAAAUAUGACAUAAAAGCUAAAAAAGAGAAGCUACCAGAAGUUGCAAGUCCAGUGAAGCAAGAAACAGUCGAGAUAGAUACAAUAAAUUCCAGUCCUAACAAAACAGAAUCUGAGGAUUAUAUUCCUCCACAUGAGAAAACUCCAGAAAUUGAGGUUGUAGUUACUGGAAACAAAGAUGAUGAUAUUGAUGAUGAGCAACUGGGUAAUAAAGACCACCAAGAAUAUUUAUAUGGGCCGCCACAAGGCCCAUCAAAAUGCAACGUGGAUGUCGACAAGGUUGUUGGUGGGCCAGCACCCGGCCCAACUUCUGUUCAAUUGGUUCAGUGUGCCGUUUGAAGUAGGGCAUUUGAUAUUAGUUUCUAAGCUUUUGGGUUUGUUACCCAUUUUGUUCUUACCCCUUAACGCCCAAUCCCUUCAGAAUAAGGGCAUUGGAAAAAAAAAUUAGAUUUGGGUUAGAUAUGUAAAUUUGGGAAGGCCUUUUGUGGGGUCGACUCUGAUGAAUGAAGGGCAUCAGGAGUUUGAUUAGAGGAUCAUAUCAUUAUAUCCCACCGCUUCUCUUGUAUGUUUGUUCCUGAUCUUCUGAAAAUCCCUCAAAGGUUCCUUUAAUUAUUAUUGUAGUAUGUCUCUUUUUCCUCAAUUAAUGGAAUUUUGUUUUAAUUUGGCUCU